GAAAGAAUUGAAAUUAUAUUAUUACUCUCUUCUAUCCCUUUAUUAGAAGUCUAUUUCUAAUACUCUAUUUAUUACUCACAUAAUAAAGUGAAAUAGGUUUGUAAUUUAGAGACGGGAAGAAUACUAAACAAUCUAAAAAUUUCAAAUUCUUCAAAAACCAAAUCCGUAUUUAACUUGAUUUCUUUGAAGAUUAUAAACCUAUGACUUACUUUAUUACGAGUAAAUAAAUACACUUACUUAUAUAAUAACAAAUUUUUGCUAUUGUAAAAGUGAGAGUAGUAAAUUAUACUUGACAAUAAAUACAAACAAUUAGCCAUUAGUUAAACUGAUUCAUACAACUAACCAAUUAGUCAAACCAGCUCAUACAAACAACUACGGUGUAAUGGCUAAUAUCUCGAAUACAGUAGACCUUAACUAUGUGUCAAACAAAUUAUUCCAUUAAAAAACUACUCAAAUAAAAUGGACCCCAAAUAUAUGCUGUAUAGCCUAUGAAUGAUAAACAUAUACUCCGUAUGAGUGACAACAAUACAAAAACAAGCUAAAGGCAGAAGAAGAAAUAAUCUCGAAGCAUGAGCUGAUUACAUACAUUUGCAAAGUUUCAUUUAAAAAAAAAAAAAAAAACACUCAGUCUUCUUCCCAGUCCACCGCCUCAAUAUCUGUGUUCUAUUUCAACCUCACCCCUUUCUCUCUCUCCUCAUUUUUCAACUUCAUUUUCCAACAAUAUACAAUUAAAUAAAUAAACAAAAACCAUUUUAUAUAUUUUCAAAAAAAAAAAAAAAAAAAUCACCUAAAAAAGGGCUUAUAAAAAUUUGUUGUACUACUUUGAAAACAAUUUAGAUUUUGGGAAGACAAACACUUUUACAUCAACCCAAGAAAAAAAAAAAUGGAUUCUUCUGGCACACCAUCCCCAGAUCAUAGUUGGCUUGCAUUUUCUCUCUCCAACCAAUAUUAUCAUCCUCCUCCUUCCACUUCUUCUCAUCACCCUCAAUCUCAACAACAACAUCAACAACACCAACAACAACAUCAUCAUCAACAACAACAGCAACAUCUUUCUCUUUUUCAACAACACCCUCAUCUUUUUAUCCCACCUCCUCAAUCUGUUGGUGAUGGUGCAAGUGGUGCUCGUACGAAUGAAAAUGAAAAUCACCACGAGUUAUCCUUCCUUGGCGUGGGUGGCGGAUUGUUGCAAGUGGGGUUGUUUCCGACUACGGAAGCGGUUACAGUUGCUAGUAACGGUAGCGGUGGCGGAGGCGGUUACGAGCAACAACAACAACAACAACAGCAACAACAAGUGCAUGAAGUUGAUCAUAGCCUAGUUAACAAUAAUAUUAGCAAUAAACAAGUUGCUGUAGUUGCUGCUGCUGCACCUCCUACAAGCUCAAGUAAUAGGAAAGCUGUUGAAGGGUUUGGCCAAAGAACUUCCAUUUACCGUGGUGUAACUCGGCAUAGGUGGACAGGGAGAUAUGAAGCUCAUUUGUGGGAUAAUAGCUGCAGAAGAGAAGGCCAAAGCAGGAAAGGCCGUCAAGUCUACUUAGGUGGGUAUGAUAAGGAAGAGAAAGCUGCAAGAGCAUAUGAUUUAGCUGCCCUUAAAUAUUGGGGUCCAACUACAACCACAAAUUUUCCAAUAUCGGAUUAUGAGAAAGAGCUAGAGCAAAUGAAGGAUAUGAGCAGGCAGGAAUUUGUGGCUUCACUGAGAAGGAAAAGUAGUGGAUUCUCUAGAGGAGCAUCAAUGUACAGAGGAGUCACAAGGCAUCAUCAGCAUGGAAGAUGGCAAGCAAGAAUCGGAAGGGUAGCCGGAAACAAGGACUUGUACCUUGGAACCUUUAGUACUCAAGAGGAGGCUGCUGAAGCCUAUGACAUAGCAGCCAUAAAAUUCCGGGGCCUAAAUGCCGUGACAAAUUUCGACAUAAGCCGGUACGACGUGAAGAGCAUAAUUUCGAGCAACCUUCCGGUGGGCGGUUUGUCGAACAAAUCAAAAUCGUUACCUGAUCACGAAGAAAUCAAAACCCUCGAAGGCAUCAAGCCAGAGUUGCCACUAAUACCGGCCCUCCCUCACCAUCAACUGUCAACCACCUACAACCACAACUUUAUAGGAAUACCUUUAAAGCCGGACUCAUUGUCGCAAAAUUACAAUUGGCCCGCCCUUGGGCAAGUAGAGAACAAUGAGGGUGCACUAGGGUACACAAACUACGGUUAUGUUCAGCAACAAACCAAUGGCAACGACGGUGUUAGCCCCGCGACUAAUGGGUAUGACGGGUACGAAGGUAUAAGUAACAUUAGCAACAAUAAUGAUGACAAUAAUGGUGAUGUUAGUGGUAGUAAUAUUAUUAGCAAUAAUAAUAAUAAUAGUUGGAACAUUGUUGCACCAAAUAUGCAUACAAUGCAAAACCCCAAACAAAAUGUAUCAGUGAUGCAGACACCAAUUUUUGGCAUAGAAUGAAUGAUUUCAGGAGAGAGAAAAAAGAAGAGAUGUUAUGUGAGGGAAUCAGUGCAAAAAAAAGCAGGUGAAUUUGGGUUAAAUUAUGGGUAUCUUUGAAAGUUUGAAUAUGAAUAUUUUGGUAAGACUGACAAUAUUGCUUUUGACAGGAAGCUGACAUUUUAGUGUUUUUUGUCUGUUAUUUUACAAUAGGACAUAAACAUUUUCACUACUAGUGUUUUAGCGUCUUUCUCUUGUGCUUGUUCUUGGAUUUUCAUUCUAGGAUAUUGUUGGUUUAUAUAUAAAUAUAGA